CUGCCCCCCACUCCCCCCACUCCCCCAACCCGCACACCCUCCUCCAGCACACCCUCGCGCAAGUCCGUCACGUUCUGCACGCACUGUAAGUACGAUAAACCCCCCCAGCAUACAGACGCCGACGUCAGAUAUUACUCCGAUCCUGGCCAACCCGACACCCCCAAGCAAAAGGCAAAGAAGAAACCGAAAGAACCAAAAAAGGACUCCACGGAUAGCGACUUAAAGUACUACUCCGAACCGGACGCGAAAUACUUUGAAAUUGACUACGAGUUCUUGAAAGAGCUACGCAAAAUCGCACGCAAACAUUGCCCGAAGUGUAAAAGAAAACGGUUGAAAAACAAAGACUCGAAAUAUAAAGACAAAAGUAGAUUAAAACCCCCGCGGAAUGUUCGUAUGCGAGAGAACUUUGUUCUUUGCAACGGUAGGUACCACAGCGAUAUGGAGCAUUGCCAACUUUGCUGCAAAAUUUGUAACCGUUCCACAGACACGUUAGAUUCCAUGGAGGACGAAUAUUCUCUUGCAUCGAAGAGCUAUAGUCUUCCAUCUAGUAAAGGGACGAUCAGUUCGCGAUCUAAAUCUACUCCUUCUAAUCGCGCGCGGGAACGAAAGAACUCCGUACAAUCGAAUAAAUCCGUUUCCUUCCUAGAAUCGAGCAACGAAGAAUCCUUGAAAGACGAACCCAAUUACACAGCAUCCAGUUUUACAAAUGAUUUGAAGAAGUUUCUUUUGAAACCGUCAUCCCCACGACUGAGUUUACGUGAAAAGUUCAUUAUAAGUUUCAAGCAAGAGCUGGAGGCAACGAAAAAGUCGCCGAAGCUCAAAGCUAUUAAAGGACUAUGGAAAUCCUACUGAGAUAUAAAUAUAAUAUAGUGUUUUUCUUUAA